AUGGCCACAGAAGAUGAGCUGAUUCGAAUACCAUUUAAGAAGAUUGUAUAUUACAUUAGUGGACUGCCAUUCUUCGGCCUAGCUUUUUGUGUAAUAUACAGUUUUUUGUUUCAUUUCGAGGCUGCGAAUGCGACACAUUGUGGAGUGCCAAAUUGGUUACCUUCGAUAUCAGCAGCUGUGGCCAAACUCGAACCAGAGCGAUAUGUGUGGAGAAUAGCUAUAGGACUACAUUGUGCGCCUAGGAUAGUACUGGCAGUAGCUUUUAGGUAUGUUUUUGUUGUUUUUUUUGUAAAUUUAGGUAUGAACAAGAGUUAUAAUGUCAGAAGUUGGCUAUAAUGCGUGAAAUGGCAAGAACUUUCUUUACAAAACAGAAAACGGCAAGAACUUUUUUUAACAAACAAAAAACGGCAAGAAAUUACUUUACAAAACAAAAAAUGGCAAAAACUUUCUUUACAGCCAAUUUGUUUUUACAUUUUCAGAAAUUUCCUAGUAAUAUCGCCGCUACGGUCUUUAAAUACGACAUUCCUCAAUGUUAUGGCCAAUAUAGGAUGUUUCGUUAACUUGGCCGAAAUAUUGUUUCUUCUUAUGUUAUCAUCGAUAUCUUCAGGGGAUAAUUAUGGUAAGUUGUUUAUUAUUUUGUUGAUUUUUAGGUUUGGGAUAAGGUUUAACGAUUUUUGUGAGGAAAAUGGAUUUUAAAACAGGAUUAAAGGUAAAAUACGGCCUCUUGUCCAUUUGAAUCACAAGUUUAAAUUUUCUUAAUUUGCAAAUUGAUUUCAAUUUUAAAAAACGUUGUUUUUUAAUUUGUUUGAUGGUAAAGCACGUCGUUAUCUUUGACCUGUUAGGCUUAAAUUUAAAUGUUUUAUGCGCUUCUAAAUGUAAAAAAAAAUUUAAUUUUAGCCAUGCAUAAACUGUCGUUUAUUGGAUUUUUGGUAUGUGGCUUUGUUUAUAUGCUCAUAAGUAUCUUCUUGUUCGACUAUUCUGGCAGAAGAAGGACGGUUUCUGUGGUAAGUUACUUUUUAUGAUUUAAAAGGGAGUUUUUCUAGAUACCCCUUGCGAUGCUUUUUCUUUUAGCACGAUACCUAUAAAGGAUUUUAUACUUUUACAAAAACUAUCUAAUUUUGAAUCUACUACUAUAUAAACCUCACUUUCAGGGUGAAAAGUCCUACCAGUACAAGAUCUUUUGUUGUGGAGCUUCUUUCAUAUCUCUCUUCUUUGCAUUGUAUUUCUUUUACCGACAUAACACCUACUGUGAGCCGGGUAUCUACACUUUCUUUGCUCUUGCAGAAUAUGGAGUGGUCAUUUUCAACAUAUUGUUCCAUUCAACCUUAUACUAUGACUUCUUCGACCGACACUUUUCUAUUAUUUCCGGAGGGUUCUCGGCCAGCUCAUAUCAAAUGUUACCCAUGCAUAGGGAUGAUUAA